GUUUGUUGUUGACAAACAAAAAUGCUGUAAUUUUUGUCUAGUUUUGCGGGUUUUGCGCACUGUAAACGUUCACAGUUAUUUUUGUAGUAGUUUUGUACGAUAAUUGAUUAACUAAUUUAUUGAAUUAACCAUGAAUGAUCCAAAUCGAAAGAUAGAUAUCGAUAAAUCAUCGUUGCUUAGCUUGAAAGCGGAAUUACUUCGUAAACAGGAGGAAGUAUCCAGGGCCAAGGCAUUCACCUCAAUCGAUGAUUUCGUGCCGAAAAAGGUUCCCAAGCCGGAGAAACCACCAGGUUCCUCGUCGUCAUCUUCACUCUCUUCCUCAAAACGCAAAAAUGAUAAACCCGCAAGUACCAUCAUCGAGCUGGAAGAUUCGGCCGAGCUGAUCCGCUCGAAACAGAUCCUGGAGUCGAAGGCCAAGUACUAUGAUCGGAUGGUUGCCUCCGGUGGUUCGCUCAACAGCGACGAGAACUGUCUGGUGAUGUUCAAUCAGAAAAAGCAAACCGACAAGCCGGUGCUGCUGGAGGAUGCACGUUACAGUAGCUCGGACGGUUCGGUUUCAUCCGAAGAGGAUGAACCAUCCAGAAGGCCUAGGAUCGAUGCAACCAGUCUGGAUGGGGAUUGGGUCGAAUAUACCGAUUUCCUUGGUCGUAGUCGCAAAUGUCGAAGGAAAGAAUUGGAAGACUGUUUGCGGCGGGACAGGGAAAUGGCACGGGAUGCCAAAAGAGAUGGAGCUGGUAACGAUAGACAGGCAGACGACGACGAAGAUGAUGGGGAAUUGAUAGGGCCACCAGUUCCGUCGAUGGCCAUCACCGAGGACACCAUCGGGGAUCGGUUUCGCGAGAUGCGAGAACAGUGGGCCAAACAGGAGGCGGAAAACUUGGACAAGGAUUCGGUGCACUACCAGGAUGUGCUGUUCGAUGAGGCCCGUCAGCACGGUGUCGGUUACUAUGCGUUCUCGACUGACCGCGAGGAACGUAACCGUCAGCAGCAGGAGCUCGACUCGAUUCGCGAUGCCACCUUGGAAGCCCAGAAGGAGCGGGAAGAUUUGCGCAAAGCACGCGACAAGAUAAUUGCCGACCGGAUGAAGGCUGCCAAGGCACGGCAACGGGUUCGACAAGGGCUGCCCCCGGAGGAGGAGAAGAGGGAGGAGGCGAAACCGGAGUCGGAAAAGGAACCGCAGCAGCAAUCGGAUGCUGCCACCACGGACGAUGCGCUGUACGAUACGAGCGAGGAGCGAAAGCGGCUGAAGGCGGAAGCCAAGGCACAGCGCAAGAAGGAGAAAGAGGAACGCAAAAGGGACCGUGAACGGCAGAAGCACGUUCGACCUUGGGACGAAGGGAAGCACAAGGACGAGGAGAUGGAGUGGAAACCGGCCCGGGAGUGGCACGUCAUGUCCCAGGAGGAGUGGAACGAGAUGAAACGGAAGGAGCGGAUAGAUGAGUUUGCUCCACCUGUCGAUUAUGCACCGAAAACGGAACGAAGACGGAACGUUAGGCCCCCGACAUACUACGAGGACAGGGUUGGCCAACCGAACGACCGGGAUGCCGCUGAUGACAAUGAUGGGAACAAUUCCGAAGAAGAUGAGAACGAACAGAUUGGUCCGCUUCCCACUGAUCGAUUUUAUAACAGCAGCAGAGCACACAGCACGGCUAAUAAUCCACUUCUGCCGUCGUCGGUAUUCUACGGUGGUGGUGGUGCAGCAAUAGAUGAGGAUGUCGUCAGCAUGCCUACCAUCCCGGGAACGGAGGACGACAUCGUUUUACCGGAAGAAACGAAUCGGACGCUGUUUUUCACCACCAAGAAGAACAAGAAGGAGUUUAAACGACGGAAUUAUGAUGCAUCGUUGGACCAUGAUGCUGGGUCGGAAAAGCGAUUCAAACCACAGCAGCAGCAGCAGGCGGUGCCCAUACGGAAUGAAUUGAGCGAUGGCGAGUCGGAAGACGACCGGAGAGAGUCAAGUAGGCGUGGGGCGGCGGCGGCGGCGGGCGAAGGGGCGGAAAUACCACCGCCUCCUACGUUCGAGUAUUAUGGGCCCAGCUCGGCGGCGGUGAGGCAAAACCAACAACGUAGCAAAGCAGCGCCGGUUUCGAAAAAUGCCCUCGAAGCAUCCAUCGAGGCUGGUUUACGGUUUUUGCGGGAACAAUCCGAUAAGGGUGGCCCCAGCACCGGCACCAAGAACAAGUGGACCUCUAAUGCGGAUUAUUGAUGGUUGCAUGCCGCGGGUGGGUCCGUGGUUCGGGGAUGAAUAAAAAUAAUUAUUUGUUUUCAUAAUUA